AUGAAGCAUAAAUUUUUAAAACGAUCGAUUACCAAUAAACAAACUCAACAUCGAUCAUAUCAAACACAAACAAAGCGUAUACCGACACCGAUCGAUCAUGUUAGAUCUUCAUCAACCGACGAAAUUGAUCUUGAUAUAGAGGGUGCUCUGUCCGAUUCGUAUUCACCAUGUUUAAAACCUACUGUACAAUUAAAAAGUCAAAAAUUACUGAAAAAAGAUUUACUACGUGUUAGUAACCAGCGUUCAUCGUUACUCGGUCCGCAAACAUUACAACCACAUUUUGCUCAUCAUGAACUACAGCAAAUUCAUUCUGUAGCAUCAUCAUUAUCGAAAUCAUCGUCAUCGUCAUCAUCCAUUGAUGGUCGAAUUGCUUCACGUCGUCGUUCAUUAUCAUUGACUUCUCGUAUAUUUCAUGCAACAAUCCAUCGAAUAGGUCCAUGGCCAGAUAAAUCCAUAAAUUAUUUUCGGUCGAAUCAAAGUGAUACACCGCGACCAUCGCAAAAAGUUCGAACUAUAAAAAACCCUCGUAUUACUUCUCCUAAAUCUUGUAUUUCCUCGAACGAUAAUGCAUAUCAAUUUAAAAUUCAUCCAUCAAAACAUACGUACAUUGAUGAAUAUCGUAAAAGUAAAGGUUAUGUAUUAAAUUUACCGUCAUCAAAGCAAGAUACACAUUUGUCGUUGUCAUCAUUAACAGAAAUACAAGAUUAUGAUGAUGAUCAAAUAUCUUUAGUAGGUACAUAUAGGUGUGGUGUUGGAGAUAAUUCAUUCACAGAACGAACUUAUUUAUCAACAACUCAUAUGUCAUCUAUAGCUGGAACAAAUUCAAAAUUCGCCGGAGAAAUAAUUGAUAAGUUGAAUCCAUUGCCGCGAAUAUCAUCGUCUAUGAAUCAAGUCCAUAUCUCUCCAGUAAUACCAACUCAAAAUAAUAGUCAUUUUCGAUACAGCCGUCGUUCACAAUUCAAUUCAACGAGAAUGUUACCUCCGCUAACAAAUCAACCGUUUCAAUAUUUAAGUAGUACAGAUCCAAUUGGAAAAUUAUAUGAUCGAACUAAGAAAACUUCUAUACAUAAUCCGGCAAAAUUAUUAUUUAUGAAUGGACGACCAAAGAAAAGGUAUUCGAAUUAUUUUAUUUUAUAUUUCAAUUCAAAUAAAGAUCUCGUUCUAUUUAAUUCCGAAUAA